UAAGUUACUAUGAGGAAAUUUUACUCGCUAAACAUACAAUUUUGUAUAGGCGCCAGGCAAAUAUAUUAGGUUGUCGAUAACAGCAGCCAGCGACGGAAGGGUAUCGUGCUCAUUCAGCUGCGAAGAAUAAAAAUCCUGUUAUAUAUUCCGAGCUCAAAAUUCGCAAAAAUACUUCAACUGUAAGCGUCUUACUUUGUUGUUAGAAGUUUAGCGGUCAACUCCGAGAGAGGGAUUGAGCGAAUGAGGUUACAGUUGCCUGAGAAUUUAUGGACACGACAGAAGAUAUAAUAUAUAUAUAUAUAUACUAAAUGCAGUAAUCUAAUGAGUCCCAAGUUGUCGUUGAUUAAGACAUAUAUACUAUACAAAUUAGGUAUUAUUGUACAAUUUGAUGUAUUGCUAGGUUCCAGAUAUAAUAAACUAGAGUAGCCUAAUAGGCAGUACAGUAUUGGCAAUCUCGCUUGGGGUGACAAUAAUUCUACCUGAAACCUUUAUUAGUCCCGAUAAUCAAGUAUUCGGAUGACUAGGUAGGAAGUAGGUUAAAUCAGAGACGAUAACGACGAUAUCCAUAUAACUCCACAUAAAAUAGGUCACUAUUACAAACAUCGUUGCAUAUUUAACCUGGCAUGAAUACGUGCUCGUUCUUUUAAAGUACUACCAACGGUGUCAGUUCAAAUAUAAAUUGGUUUUACUUUAUGGUCACCACGCCUCCAAUUGUUUGGCCAAUCACAUGGUUGACGUCAAAUUUGUUGGGUGAAAUCGCGUAUUCGUAUGUAAAAUACCGUUCAGUUCCGCUUGGGCAACUCAAACAUCUGACGGUUAAGUCCUUUUUCUCACUAUGUAAAUAUAAAUAUUAUCAAGUUUUCCAUUAUCAUAUAUUAUAUAUUUUCGAAUAUUUCAACGCGAUUCGAAUCGGACUUGGGACCGGUACACGCACAUCGAAAUAAAAACCACAGUACAAAAAUGGCGGCAAAAGGAUCAUCGUCAGUUUUUAAUCUGAAAAACAGUGUACAUCUUGGCGGUAACGAUCAUCUUUAUCAUAUUGGAUUACUACAAACUGAUGAUUUAGAAACAAGAUUUCACGACAUCAAGUAUGUAUGCAUGGGUGGAAAAGCAGAUAGAAUGAAAGAAUUUGCUGAAUACAUGUACGUUAAGCUCGGAAAACCGGAAAAUUGCGAAUUUGAGACUGUGAAUGGGACGAAAGUUUUGAGGGACGUUGGAAAAUCUGCUGGCCGAUACAGUUUCUUUAAAGUUGGACCUGUGGUAUCUGUUAGUCAUGGAAUUGGAACGGCGUCACUUUCUGUCGUUCUUCACGAGGUAUUAAAACUAUUGUACUAUGCAAAAUGUAAAAAUGAUGUUGAAUUCUUCCGCGUUGGAACAUCGGGCGGCUUGGGUCUUGAACCAGGUACAAUAGUUAUUACAAAGCAAUCGUAUGACAGCCAACUUUUUCCGUUGUUCUCACAGGUUCAUUGCGGUGAAGUGGUCAAACUAGAGUGUCGUACGGAUGAAAAACUCAGAAAUGCUUUGCAAGAUGCAGCUAACAGAGCUAAAGUUCCCGUUUUAAUAGGAAAUACGAUGUCUACGGAUGACUUUUUUGAAGGUCAAGCGCGAACUGAUGGUGCAUUCUGCGACUACUCCGAAGAAGAUAAAAUUAAUUUCCUCCGAAAAGCUCAUGAUGAACACGGAAUAAAAAAUAUUGAAAUGGAAAGUCUAUGUUUUACAGCAAUGUGCACAAGAGCAAAUGUGAAAUGCGCAGUUGCAUGUGUCACCGUUGUCAAUCGCCUUGAACAUGAUGACGUUACAGCAGAUGGAAGUCUUCUUCAAACUUGGCAGGAAAAUUUGUAUAAAAUGAUGGCGGAGUAUAUAGAGUGGCAUGAAAAAAUCUCAACCAAGUAGAACUUUUAUUGACCUGCGCAUUUUGCGAACAUUCCAAAGAUACGCCGAAUGAAAAAAAGGUGUAUAACCGAGAUGUUACUUGUAGUUGAUUUAUAUUCUUAACAAACAAGACAGUAGAAAGUAUAAGAGUGGAAAGACUGGCCCUGUUGCGCAUUAGUAUCAUCCAUUCUGCAGUAUUGGAGGCUUUUCGCGGUCCACAUCUACUCCAUUUUGAGAACAUUUUAGGCAUACAUUUGUAAAUCAGGCGCAUGCUUGGGACCCGCCGUUUUUAUGUGCUAACAAAAGCACUUUUUCCAGUAUUUCAUCGCGACCUUAAUACAUCAAAGACAAGUGUGUAGGCAGCAAAUUGCCUGAAACCCUACUAAACAAUUUCGUCACGAAUCAAAACCAACCUACUAGGAUUAGAUUACCUAAGCAAAGAGUAAUUGUGCGAUCUUUGCGGUCUGCGUCCUCGGGCUAUUCAUACGGCAAUCUGUACGAAGAGUCCGAAAUUAGUUACAAUUGCCACUCCUGUUAAAGAUUUAUCAUAGACGGUAUCUUACCUAUACUGCUGUCAAACCAUUAUAUAUACUCCUGACAGACAAUACAUUUCAAUGAAUUAUUUAUUUCAUGAACUAAGAAUGAUGAAACAAUACAGUAUUGCACUAAUAAAUAUGAAUGAUAUACAAUUAAA